GUGGGAGGAGGCGGCCGAGGCGGAAGGACACACGAGGCUGCUUCGCUGCACACCCGAGAAAGUUUCAGCCAGGCUUCGGGCGGCGGCUGAGGCGGCGGUCGAGGAGCGACAGACUCGGGGUGCGGGGCGUCGAGGCACUUAAGCCUGGGCUUUGGGCGGCAGCGCCAGGCUGCGAGCCGCAGAAGCAGGAGGAGGGGAGGACAAAGUGGGGCUCCUCUGUCGGGACCCCCUCCACAUGUGGAUCUGCCCAGGCAGCGGCGGCGGCGGAGGAGGCGACCGAGAAGAUGCCCGCCCUGCGCCCGGCUCCGCUGUGGGCGCUGCUUGCGCUCUGGCUGUGCCGCGUGGCCCCCGCGCGUGCAUUGCAAUGUCGGGAUGGCUAUGAACCCUGUGUAAAUGAAGGAAUGUGUGUUACCUACCACAAUGGCACAGGAUACUGCAAAUGUCCAGAGGGCUUCUUGGGAGAGUACUGUCAACAUCGAGACCCCUGUAAGAAGAACCGCUGCCAGAAUGGUGGGACCUGUGUGGCCCAGGCCAUGUUGGGAAAAGCCACAUGCCGAUGUGCCCCAGGGUUUACAGGAGAGGACUGCCAGUAUUCAACCUCUCACCCCUGCUUUGUGUCUCACCCCUGCCUGAAUGGAGGCACCUGCCAUAUGCUCAGCCGGGAUACCUAUGAGUGUACCUGCCAAGUUGGUUUUACAGGUAAGCUGUGCCAAUGGACUGAUGCCUGCCUGUCUCAUCCCUGUGCAAAUGGAAGUACCUGUACCACUGUGGCCAACCAGUUCUCCUGUAGAUGCCUUGCAGGCUUCACAGGGCAGAAGUGUGAGACUGAUGUCAAUGAAUGUGACAUUCCAGGACACUGCCAGCAUGGUGGCACCUGCCUCAACCUGCCUGGUUCCUACCAGUGCCAGUGCCCCCAGGGCUUCACAGGUCAGCAUUGUGACAGCGUCUAUGUACCCUGUGCACCCUCCCCCUGUGUCAACGGAGGCACCUGCCGGCAGACUGGUGAUUUCACUUUUGAGUGCAACUGCCUUCCAGGUUUUGAAGGGAGCACCUGUGAGCGGAAUAUUGAUGACUGCCCUAACCACAAGUGUCAGAAUGGAGGGGUUUGUGUGGAUGGGGUCAAUACUUACAACUGCCGCUGCCCGCCUCAGUGGACAGGACAGUUCUGCACAGAGGACGUGGAUGAGUGCCUGCUGCAACCCAAUGCCUGUCAGAAUGGGGGCACCUGUACCAACCGCAAUGGAGGCUAUGGCUGUGUGUGUGUGAAUGGCUGGAGCGGAGAUGACUGCAGUGAGAACAUCGAUGACUGUGCCUUCGCCUCCUGCACUCCAGGAUCCACCUGCAUUGACCGCGUGGCCUCCUUCUCUUGCAUGUGCCCAGAGGGGAAGGCAGGUCUCCUGUGUCAUCUGGAUGAUGCAUGCAUCAGCAAUCCUUGCCACAAGGGGGCACUGUGUGAUACCAACCCCCUGAAUGGGCAGUAUAUUUGCACGUGCCCACAAGGCUACAAAGGGGCUGACUGCACAGAAGAUGUGGAUGAGUGUGCCAUGGCCAAUAGCAAUCCUUGUGAGCAUGCAGGAAAAUGUGUGAACACGGAUGGUGCCUUCCACUGUGAGUGUCUGAAGGGUUAUGCAGGGCCUCGCUGUGAGAUGGACAUCAAUGAGUGCCACUCAGACCCCUGCCAGAAUGAUGCCACCUGCCUGGAUAAGAUUGGAGGCUUCACUUGUUUGUGCAUGCCAGGUUUCAAAGGUGUGCAUUGUGAAUUGGAGAUAAAUGAAUGUCAAAGUAAUCCUUGUGUGAACAAUGGGCAGUGUGUGGAUAAAGUCAAUCGCUUCCAGUGUCUGUGUCCACCUGGUUUUACUGGGCCAGUUUGCCAGAUUGAUAUUGAUGACUGUUCCAGUACUCCGUGUCUGAAUGGGGCAAAGUGUAUCGAUCACCCAAAUGGCUAUGAAUGCCAGUGUGCCACAGGUUUCACCGGUGUGCUGUGUGAGGAGAACAUCGACAACUGUGACCCCGAUCCUUGCCACCAUGGCCAGUGCCAGGAUGGUAUUGAUUCCUACACCUGCAUCUGCAAUCCCGGGUACAUGGGUGCCAUCUGCAGUGACCAGAUUGAUGAAUGUUACAGCAGCCCUUGCCUGAACGAUGGUCGCUGCAUCGACCUGGUGAAUGGCUACCAGUGCAACUGCCAGGCGGGCACGUCAGGGGUUAAUUGUGAAAUUAAUUUUGAUGACUGUGCAAGUAGCCCUUGUGUCCACGGUGUCUGUAUGGAUGGCAUUAAUCGUUACACUUGUGUCUGCUCACCGGGAUUCACAGGGCAGAGAUGUAACAUUGACAUUGAUGAGUGUGUCUCUAAUCCCUGUCGCAAGGGUGCCACAUGUAUCAACGAUGUGAAUGGUUUUCGCUGUAUGUGCCCUGAGGGGCCCCAUCACCCCAGCUGCUACUCACAGGUGAACGAGUGCCUGAGCAAUCCCUGCAUCCACGGAAACUGUACCGGAGGCCUUAGUGGAUAUAAGUGCCUCUGUGAUGCAGGCUGGAUUGGCAUCAACUGUGAAGUGGACAAAGAUGAAUGUCUUUCUAACCCAUGCCAGAAUGGAGGAAUUUGUGACAAUCUGGUGAAUGGAUACAGGUGUACUUGCAAGAAGGGCUUUAAAGGCUAUAACUGCCAGGUGAAUAUUGAUGAAUGUGCCUCAAAUCCGUGCCUGAACCAGGGGACCUGCCUUGAUGACAUAAAUGGCUACACUUGCCACUGUGUGCUGCCAUACACAGGCAAGAAUUGUCAGACUGUAUUGGCUCCCUGUUCCCCAAACCCUUGUGAGAAUGCUGCUGUUUGCAAAGAGGCACCAAAUUUUGAGAGUUACACCUGCUUGUGUGCUCCUGGUUGGCAAGGUCAGCGAUGCACAAUUGACAUUGACGAGUGUGUCUCCAAGCCCUGCAUGAACCAUGGUCUCUGCCAUAACACCCAGGGCAGCUACAUGUGUGAGUGUCCUCCAGGCUUCAGUGGUGUGGACUGUGAGGAGGACAUCGAUGACUGCCUUGCCAACCCUUGCCAGAAUGGAGGUUCCUGUGUGGAUGGAGUGAAUACUUUCUCCUGCCUCUGCCUUGCGGGCUUCACUGGGGAUAAGUGCCAGACAGACAUGAAUGAGUGUCUGAGUGAACCCUGUAAGAAUGGAGGGACCUGCUCUGACUAUGUCAACAGUUAUACUUGUAAGUGCCAGGCGGGAUUUGAUGGAGUCCACUGUGAGAACAACAUUGACGAGUGCACCGAGAGCUCCUGUUUCAAUGGUGGCACGUGUGCGGAUGGGAUUAACUCCUUCUCUUGCUUGUGCCCUGUGGGUUUCACGGGUCCCUUCUGCCUCCAUGAGAUCAAUGAAUGUAACUCUCAUCCAUGCCUGAACGAGGGAACGUGUGUUGAUGGCCUGGGUACCUACCACUGCACCUGCCCCUUGGGCUACACUGGGAAAAACUGUCAGACCCUGGUAAACCUCUGCAGCAGGUCUCCAUGUAAAAACAAAGGGACUUGCGUUCAGGAAAAAGCAGAGUCUCGGUGCCUGUGUCCAUCUGGAUGGGCUGGUGCUUACUGCGAUGUGCCCAAUGUCUCCUGUGAGGUGGCAGCCUCUCGCAAAGGUGUGCCCGUUGACCGCUUGUGCCAGCACUCAGGUGUCUGCAUCAGUGCUGGCAACACGCAUCACUGCCAGUGCCCCCUGGGCUACACCGGGAGCUACUGUGAGGAGCAGCUCGAUGAGUGCACGUCCAACCCCUGCCAGCACGGGGCCACCUGCAGUGACUUCAUUGGUGGAUACAGAUGUGAGUGUGUCCCAGGAUAUCAGGGUGUCAACUGUGAGUAUGAAGUGGAUGAGUGCCAGAAUCAGCCAUGCCAGAAUGGAGGCACCUGUAUCGACCUUGUGAACCAUUUCAAGUGCUCCUGCCCACCAGGCACUCGGGGCCUCCUUUGUGAAGAGAACAUUGACGACUGUGCUGGGGGCCCCCAUUGCCUUAAUGGUGGUCAGUGUGUGGAUAGGAUUGGGGGCUACAGUUGUCACUGCCUGCCUGGCUUUGCUGGGGAGCGGUGCGAAGGGGAUAUCAACGAGUGCCUCUCCAGCCCCUGCAGCUCUGAGGGCAGCCUGGACUGCAUACAGCUCACCAAUGACUACCUGUGUGUCUGCCGCAGCACCUUCACCGGCCGUCACUGUGAAACCUUCGUGGAUGUGUGUCCCCAGAUGCCUUGCCUGAAUGGAGGAACUUGUGCUGUGGCCAGCAACAUGCCUGAUGGUUUCAUUUGUCGCUGUCCCCCGGGCUUCUCUGGGGCAAGGUGCCAGAGCAGCUGUGGACACGUGAAGUGCAGGCGAGGGGAGCAGUGUGUGCACACCGCCUCAGGACCCCGCUGCUUCUGCCCCGACCCCCGGGACUGUGAAUCAGGCUGUGCCAGUGGCCCCUGCCAGCACGGGGGCAGCUGCUACCCUCAGCGCCAGCCUCCUUAUUACUCUUGCCAGUGCCCGCCGCCAUUCUGGGGCAGCCGCUGUGAACUCUACAUGGCCCCCACCAGCACCCCUCCGGCCACCUGUCUGAGUCAGUAUUGUGCCGACAAAGCCCGGGAUGGCGUCUGUGAUGAGGCCUGCAACAGCCACGCCUGCCAGUGGGAUGGGGGUGACUGUUCCCUCACUAUGGAGGACCCCUGGGCCAACUGCUCCUCCCCCCUUCCCUGCUGGGAUUAUAUCAACAACCAAUGUGAUGAGCUGUGUAACACAGCCGAGUGCCUGUUUGACAACUUUGAAUGCCAGGGGAACAGCAAGACAUGCAAGUAUGACAAAUACUGUGCGGACCACUUCAAAGACAACCACUGUGACCAGGGAUGCAAUAGUGAGGAGUGUGGCUGGGAUGGGCUGGACUGUGCUGCUGACCGGCCUGAGAACCUGGCGGAGGGUACCCUGGUUAUUGUGGUGCUGAUGCCACCUGAACAACUGCUCCAGGAUGCUCGCAGCUUCUUGCGGGCACUGGGCACCCUGCUCCACACCAACCUGCGCAUCAAACGGGAUUCCCAGGGAGAACUCAUGGUGUAUCCAUAUUAUGGUGAGAAGUCAGCUGCCAUGAAGAAGCAGAGGAUGACACGCAGGUCCCUUCCUGGUGAACAAGAACAGGAGGUGGCUGGCUCUAAGGUCUUUCUGGAAAUUGACAACCGCCAGUGUGUUCAAGACUCAGACCAGUGCUUCAAGAACACGGAUGCUGCUGCAGCUCUGCUGGCUUCUCACGCCAUCCAGGGGACCCUGUCGUACCCUCUUGUGUCUGUCGUCAGUGAAUCCUUGACUCCAAAACGCACUCAGCUCCUCUAUCUACUUGCUGUUGCUGUUGUCAUCAUCCUGUUUAUUAUUCUGCUGGGGGUAAUCAUGGCAAAACGAAAGCGUAAGCAUGGCUCUCUCUGGCUGCCUGAAGGUUUCACGCUUCGCCGAGAUGCGAGCAACCACAAGCGUCGUGAGCCAGUGGGACAGGAUGCUGUGGGACUGAAAAAUCUCUCAGUGCAAGUUUCAGAGGCUAACCUGAUUGGUUCUGGAACGAGCGAACAUUGGGUUGAUGAUGAAGGGCCCCAACCAAAGAAAGUCAAGGCUGAAGACGAGGCCUUGCUCUCAGAAGAAGAUGACCCCAUUGAUCGACGCCCAUGGACACAGCAGCACCUGGAAGCUGCAGACAUCCGGAGGACACCGUCAUUGGCCCUAACUCCUCCUCAGGCAGAGCAGGAGGUGGAUGUGCUGGAUGUGAACGUCCGGGGCCCAGAUGGGUGCACGCCGUUGAUGUUGGCUUCUCUCCGAGGAGGCAGCUCAGAUAUGAGUGAUGAAGAUGAAGAUGCAGAGGACUCCUCUGCCAACAUCAUCACAGACUUGGUCUACCAGGGUGCCAGCCUCCAGGCCCAGACAGAUCGGACUGGUGAGAUGGCUCUGCACCUUGCAGCCCGCUACUCAAGGGCCGAUGCUGCCAAGCGUCUCCUGGAUGCAGGCGCGGAUGCCAAUGCUCAGGACAACAUGGGCCGCUGCCCUCUACAUGCUGCAGUGGCAGCUGAUGCCCAAGGUGUCUUCCAGAUUCUGAUCCGCAACCGAGUAACCGAUCUAGAUGCCAGGAUGAACGAUGGCACUACACCCCUUAUCCUGGCUGCCCGCCUGGCCGUGGAAGGAAUGGUGGCAGAACUGAUCAACUGCCAGGCAGACGUGAACGCAGUGGAUGACCAUGGAAAAUCUGCUCUUCACUGGGCAGCUGCUGUCAAUAAUGUGGAGGCAACUCUUUUGCUGUUGAAAAAUGGGGCCAACCGAGACAUGCAGGACAACAAGGAAGAGACACCCCUGUUUCUUGCUGCCCGGGAGGGGAGCUAUGAAGCAGCCAAGAUCCUGUUAGACCAUUUUGCCAAUCGAGACAUCACAGACCACAUGGAUCGUCUUCCCCGGGACGUGGCCCGGGAUCGCAUGCACCACGACAUUGUGCGUCUCCUGGAUGAGUACAAUGUGACACCGAGUCCCCCAGGCACGGUGCUGACUUCCGCUCUCUCCCCUGUCAUCUGUGGGUCCAACAGGUCUUUCCUCAGUCUGAAGCACACCCCAAUGGGCAAGAAGCCUAGACGGCCUAACACCAAGAGUACCAUGCCCACUAGCCUCCCUAACCUUGUUAAGGAGGCCAAGGAUGCCAAGGGUAGUAGGAGAAAGAAGUCUCUGAGUGAGAAGGUCCAGCUCUCUGAGAGCUCAGUGACGUUAUCCCCUGUUGAUUCCCUAGAGUCUCCUCACACAUACGUUUCUGACACCACAUCCUCUCCAAUGAUCACAUCCCCUGGAAUCUUGCAGGCCUCACCCAACCCUAUGCUGGCCACUGCUGCGCCCACUGCCCCAGUCCAUGCACAGCAUGCACUGUCUUUCUCUAACCUUCAUGAAAUGCAGCCUCUGGCUCAUGGGGCCAGCACAGUGCUUCCUUCAGUGAGCCAGUUGCUGUCCCACCACCACAUUGUUCCCCCAGGCAGUGGAAGUGCCGGGAGCUUGGGUAGGCUCCAUCCAGUCACAGUCCCAGCGGAUUGGAUGAACCGCGUGGAGGUGAACGAGACCCAGUACAAUGAGAUGUUUGGUAUGGUCCUGGCUCCAGCUGAGGCCACCCACCCUGGCAUGGCUCCCCAGAGCAGGCCGCCUGAAGGGAAGCACAUGGCUGCCCCCCGGGAGCCCUUGCCUCCCAUUGUGACUUUCCAGCUCAUCCCCAAAGGCAGUAUUGCCCAACCAGCUGGGGCCCCCCAGCCUCAGGCCAACUGUCCUCCAGCUGUUGCGGGCCCCCUGCCCACCAUGUACCAGAUCCCAGAAAUGGCCCGUUUGCCCAGUGUGGCGUUCCCCACUGCCAUGAUGCCCCAGCAGGAUGAGCAAGUAGCUCAGACCAUUCUCCCAGCCUAUCAUCCUUUCCCAGCCUCAGUGGGCAAGUAUCCCACACCCCCUUCACAGCACAGUUAUGCUUCCUCAAAUACUGCCGAGCGAACACCCAGUCACAGUGGCCACCUCCAGGGUGAGCAUCCCUACCUGACACCAUCUCCAGAGUCCCCUGACCAGUGGUCAAGUUCAUCACCCCACUCUGCUUCUGACUGGUCAGAUGUGACCACCAGCCCUACUCCUGGGGUUGCUGGAGGAGGUCAGCGAGGACCUGGGACACACAUGUCUGAGCCUCCACACAGCAACAUGCAGGUUUAUGCGUGAAAGAGUCUGCCUCCAGUGUAGGGACAAAACUGCCUAUUGUAAAUGCUGCUGAGGAACAAAUGAAGGUCAUCCGGGAGAGAAAUGAAGAAAUCUCUGGAACCAGCUUCUGGAGGCAGGCAAGAGAAGAUGUUCAUAUUUUUCAGAUAAUGCAAAAGAAGCAAUUUAUUAGUUUCACUGGGUAUCUGCAAGGUUUUUUGGGGGGGGGGACAUGGCUCCUUCGAAUCUCUUACUCAUCAAGCCAAGUUCAUGAAAAUGCAGAAUGAAUACAAGCCUUGGGCCAUGUUUAAUAUUUGGAGAAUAAGAUGGAUGCCUGUUGUAGCCCAGAUAUUCUUGCAGCUUGGACUACAUCUUAAGCCCUCGGGGUUUCUGCCAUAUCCAUGAGAAGAUGCUACACUAGAGUCCUAUUGGGAAUUGUGCCCGGGAAUUCUACGUGCGUUGACCUACCUUCUCAUCCUUGGAAAUUCCUUCAACUUCAUUUGGUGCUUUCACUUUUGCACCUCUCCGUGAUUGUAGGCCUACCAGCAUAUUAUAGGGCAAGACCGCUGUGCUUUCAAUCAUUCCUGCCCUGGAAAGCAACUUAAGCAACUUCAGCCCCCUUUUUCCCCUCCUGUUUUCCCAGCAUCCCUCAGUGUCUCACAGUUUACUUUGAUUGUGGUUCUCAGCAUAAACCUUUCAAGUAUGUUUUUUUAGAAAAUAUUGUAUUGUGUUCUUCUACAUAUAUCAUUCCUGGAGAGAGAAGAGGAGCAGAAUAUUUUUCUUCAAACCAAUUUUUAGGGUAGAAGAUCCCUUCAAGAGGCUGUACCUUAAUUUCUCUUGUCUCAGUGCAGGUCUUCAUAUAAACUUUGCCGGGAAGGAUAUGAGUCAGUUGUUUUUCUCUUUGUGGGCCUAGUCAGUGUGAGAUUUUGUCCUUGGUAGCCUAGUUACUAUGACACCCCGCCUUUUUUAAACCAGAAAAAGGGUUGGAAUGUUGGAAUAACCAAGAGAUAAGCUAACGUGCAAGGAACAGUUACCCACGCACAGGUCCCUCCACUUACUGCCAAGCAUGCCACUGACUGCCAGUUGAAACACGUUUUUCCCAGAUCUUAGAACCCUAGGCCUGUUUCACUUACUCAUCCAGCAGAUCAAACUAGUCUUAGCUAUUGAGCCUUUCCUUCCAUCUCCACAGAAGAAAAUGUCUCAAAUGAUAACCCUUGCCGUUUAGGACUGAGCUUUCCUCAGCCCAAGAGACCCAGUGACAGUCAUCUUCCUUUCAUUGGUGAUCACAGUCUGUACUUCCUGAUUCUCUCUCGGAUUGAAGGCUUGUUCACCAGUCUUCCCUCCACACUGUGGUCUGAGUUACUGGUGCACCAGUAGGUCCCCACUGAAGACAUGGAUUGUCUGUGUUCAAGUGCAGGAAAUGGAAAGCUGGACUAGUUUUCUGGGGUCCAAGACAGCCCUGUAAGAAGGUUGGGAAAGGAAGAAUAUGAGGCAGCCUUUGCUAUUUUUUGCGACCGUUUCUUUUCCUCUGAAGCAGUCAUGAAAUUCCCUUUGACAACUAACUUAGAAACUUACCAGGGAUGCUGUCCUUUCCUUAGAGUCACCUUCUCAAUGAUUAAUGGACAACUACAGACUUGCUCAUCAUUGUCAUCCUUAUGUUCAGACUAUGAUUGCACCUCCCCCGAAUCUGUUGUCUGUGUUUGUGGUCUUGGCAGCCCUUGAUUCUCUUUCAAGGGCAGAAGCAUUUUAGUUAACUGUAGAAAUAGGAGAAAGUUUUGUUCCUGUUCUCCCUGGGUUAGUUAAUAAUUGGUCCUAUGGCUACAUUGUCAUCUCUAUCCAGUGCUAUGAUGCUCAUGACACCUGGGCAACUAGUUCUGCUGGGGCAUUUUGUAGAUAUUAAUAGGUGAAGUGCCUACUCUGUUUUGGUUUCAAUGAGUUCUCAUUCCUGCUAUGGCUGGAGGUGUACAACAGUGCUCCCCAUGUAUCUGACCAAUCUUUCUGAGGCCCCCUAUGGAAACCCUGGGUUUCUGUUGGGAUGUCAAACAAAUGGUUUUUGCUGUCCCAUCCAAGCUAAUUAAACCAGCAAAAAUAACUAGUUCUGCCCUAAUAUAAGCAGAUAAAGUUUGUUCAUUUUGUUUUAUUCUCUCACGUGGCAGUAUUCUACCAGCCUUUUUCAUAGUGUGCAAACAUUUUAUCAUUGUAAAUGGUGGCUUUCUACCUUUGGACCCAUUUAUUAUUCCCAGCUGGGGAGAACCUAUCUGCACAGACCUCUCUGGACCACAAUACAUCUGCCCCCUCUGCCCUCCUGCUCCAGCCCCAUUUCCUGAAAAUAUCAGCCUCUGACCAGCUGUUUGGAUCUUUUAUACCCUCCUUCCUCCCCAAGCACAAUAUAGGGUUAACUUACUUGUUUCUUUUUCUUGGGAUACUUUAAUUUGGAUCCUUUGGGUUUGGGGGAGGGCAGUGUGAAAGCUGUCAUGACAGACAACAGGCUUCAGUGAUGAGCAGGACAACACUGCCUUUCAAACAUUUUACCAAUCUUAAAUUUUAAGAAUUCUUUGAAUUGUGUAGUAACUAAUAAAAGGGAAGGUAAGAUGGAUAAUCACUUUCUCAUUUGGGUUCUGAAUUAGAGACUCAGUUUUUAUGGGACACAUUUUUAUGCCAUAUAUAGAUCCUCCCCUAUUUUUGGUUAAUUAUUAUUUUUAUAAAUUCUUCCUUUCUUUGACUCCUCUUGCCUGUCUUUGGGGAUAGGUUUCUUUGUUUGUUUGUUUCUUACGUUUUAAGUAUCAUUUUCUGAUUUAUGUGAUGGUGGAGGAGGGAGAGGUUUGAGGGAAAGAAAGACUGAGAGUUAAAGAAUUUAGUGUAAGCAGUCAGCUAUGAUGCUCAAGUCCAUUAUAUCAUCUUAUUAUUAAAUUUUCCAGUUUCUUGCAUAGAAAAGAACCAAAGGUAUAAUAUUUUGUUGGCAGGUGGUUUGGGGAUUUGGGUCUUAACCAAUAUAUUGAAUGUAUGAUGACUAUUUGGGAGGACACGUUUAUAUGCCCUGAGGCCCCCCACUAAUAAUUGGUACUAUGAUGACUUCCUUGUGUACAUUUCCCUUAAAAGUGGUAUUAUAUCUGUUUGUAUGAGAAACCUAAUAACCACAAAAUGACCGCAUAUUCCUGACUAUACAUAGUAAGGAAAAUGUACAACUUUGUUUUUACUUUUCAAAGUUUCAUUCUAAAAGUAGUUAAGAUGAAAUUUAUAUGAAAGCAUUUUUAUCACAAAAUAAAAAAUGUUACAUGUCAAGCUCA